GGGCAGCUGCAAAAGCCCUAACACCAUCAGCGCCCUUCCUCCGUAAUUCACCUCUCUCUCACUCCCGGGAUGCCGGACAAUGCCGGCGUAUGACGCACAGACCGUGGUUCCUUGUACUCGCCAAACCGCGGACAUAGUGGCUGACUAUUGAAUAACAUCACCGUUCAAAAGCAGCAGAGAAGAACAAGCAAGCAAAAGAGACGUGAUCCCGGUGGGCAGAUACAGUAUGCUGCCAGGCUGAGAAGGCAGAGCAGGUGUGCUUUCAAGGCAACAUCAAAAAAGAUAUACCGUAGGCCAGGGGCGCUCACACUUUUUCUGCAGGUCCAACUUCCUCAUUCCACAACAAAAGAGCGACAUCAUGGACAUUUUUGGAGGUGCCCCUCGUGUUUUGGGCUACUCGCGCCCUGUGGUGGCGCAGUGCGGAAAAGACGCCACUCUCAGGUGCCACAUUGGCGGGGACCCUCGCCCCGACGUGAUUUGGGAGCAUAACAAUGUCCAGAUUGUGACCGACGGACGGUAUAAGAUCUCGGAGGAAGGAAAGUUCUACUUGUUGGGCAUCGGCGAGGUGACUUUGGAAGAUGCUGGUCAGUACAUCUGCAAAGCCAGCAACAGUGUUGGGGAAACGUAUGCCAAAGCUUCCCUCAAGGUGGAGGUAAAUGAUCAGCAAGUAGAUAUGAAUGGUGUAGCGGAGCACAUGACAGGAAAUGGGCAUGUAAAUGGGCAUAGCACAAUUCAAAAUGGCGACCAGAGAAAUAAGAAGGGAGACCACUUGUUUGACCCGGAAGACGACUUCCCGUCUGAUGACAAACCAAGGUUUCUUAUCAAGCCCUUGUCAUUGCGAGUGUACAGAGGAGAAGACGCGACCUUCUCUUGUAAGGUCUGGGGAAAGCCAAUGCCAGAGGUGUUGUGGGAAAAAGAUGGCAAGAAACUGAACGACAUUUUCGAGAGCUCCCACUUCGCUGUUAGCAGUCAAGACGGCGGAUGGUUCCAGCUUAAGAUCAAUCGAACGCGUAUGCCUGACAAAGGAGUCUACACCUGCAAGGCAAUCAACUGCGAUGGCCGGGCCCUGGCUGGGGCAGUCCUCCUUGUUGAGCCUACGCCAGAGCGAGAGGACAGAAAAUUAACCAGUCAGCCAAAAGUCAGAGGCAAGCUUAGUUUGUCGAGGCUGAAGGAAGAGCCAUCAGUCAGUGCGUCUAAAGUCAAGAAGUUUGUGGUGGCAGAGGGAAAACAUGCCAAGUUCCGCUGCUCUGUCACAGGAAAACCAAAGCCAGAGAUAGUCUGGAAAAAAAGUGAGGUUAUCCUCGAGCCCGGCAGACGUCAUCUCAUAUUCGAGGACCGAGAAGGCUAUUACACACUAAAGGUUCUGUACUGUAAAGUUCAGGACACAGGGCUGUACGUGUGUGCAGCAUCCAAUGCCCUUGGAGAUACUCUCAGUGCUGUUCAUCUGUCUGUCAAAGGCUCUCAUGUACGAUUCAGGUGUCCGUUAAAAGAUGUGGAAGCAAGGGAGCGGGACGUUGCUGUACUGGAAUGCGAGGUUCCCGAUGAGUCUGUUCCUAUCACCUGGUAUCUGGAGGACCACCGGCUCAUGCCUGGUAACAAAUAUGGAAUCGAGCAGCAAGGUACCAGGCGGAAACUCACCAUCCAAGAUGUGGGAAUGGACGAUGAUGGGGUUUAUCUCUGCGAGAUGCCAGAUGGGGCUAAGAGCAUAGCAGAGCUGUUGGUCAAAGGUAAAAUAGUGCGUAAACUUCCACGAAAGGUGGAGGUGUUGGAGGGCGAGAAUGCCACAUUUUGUGUGGAAGUGGAGGACGAUGACAUGGAGGUCCACUGGUUCAAAGACGGUCAAAAAAUGUAUGAAACACAUCAGACAAUCCUCAAGUCUUUUGGAAAAACGCACAUGCUGGUCUUUGUCAAUGUGGCCCACCAAGACUCUGGGGUGGUGACUUUUAUCACGGGGAGAUCCAAGACUUCAUCGCGCCUCAAAGUCAGAGCCACAAGACACUGCCCACCGAUCUGUCCUGUCGGAGUCAAAAUGGAUGUGGAUGGUCCAAACGGAGCCCUGCUCUCCUGGGUUCCUGCGCCAAACAGCCAGACGACGACUCGCUCUAUUUUUGUGGUGGAGAGACAAGAAGUGGGCUCACAGGAGUGGCAGAAGUGCUUCACCUCUGGGACCGCCACCUCAACUGAGGUCUGCGGCAAUGGUGUACCGCAGGAGGGAGACUACCGUUUCAGAGUCUGUUGCAUCAACAAGUAUGGCCGCAGUGGCCAUGUGGAGUUUCCAAAAGUUGUACACCUCGUUCCAGGGCCAAAGAUUUACAGUCAGCUUCAGGGCCUCGAGGUCACAGAGGGACAGGAUGCUGUCUUUUCCAUCGAGCUCUCAAUCCCAAUGGCUGGUUCGUGGUUUUUGAACAGUGCCCAGCUGCAAAACGGUGGACGGUACUCAAUAAAACAGUCCAAAACACAGCAUACAUUAGUUAUCCAUGAAACCGUCUCUGCUGAGGAUGAGACAGAAAUCACAUUCAUCGCCAACGGGGUGCGAGAUUCCGCCAUUCUCAAAGUAAAACCCGCUGUGGUGAAGUUCAGCCCUCUUUCGGAAUCGGACAUGAGCAAGAAGGUGGAGACCGGUGACGUGAUUGUGCUCUACUGCGAAGUCUCCCGUCCCUCGGCUAAAGUAAGCUGGUUUAAAGAUGGAGAGGAGCUGCAGGCGAGUGACCGCCUGAGGACCCAAUCUGAUGGGAACAUGAGGAGAAUCGUGAUUCAGUCAGCUGAGAAGCAGGACACUGGAGUUUACACGUGCCAGACUUCAGGCCAUGUCGUUUCAUUCACUGUUGAGGUUGCAGGUCCUACAGUGGAGUUCAGUCAAGCUCCGGAAGAGGAGCUCCUUAAGAGCAGUAUGGAGCUAGACCCGGUGGUGCUCCUCUGCCACGUCUCCAGAGACGAUGCUGAAGUUGUGUGGUUUAAGGAUGGUCGUGAAGUUGAAGCCAGUGACAACAUCACUCUGCAGGCAGAGGGAACCCUGAGGAGGCUGAUCAUCCGCUCAGCCGAAACCUCAGAUGCAGGCAGCUACACCUGCCAAGCAGGAAACAACAGCAUGGACUUCACCGUCGAUGUUAAAGAGCCCCCAGUGAUGAUUGUGAAUCCUAAAGAUGACGUUGUGAUGGAGCGUUACAUUUCUGAGGACAUUCAACUGCAGUGCGAGUUGUCUCGUUCUGGCGGAAAGGUGCAGUGGUUCAAAAAUGGCGAGGAAGUGGAGGAGGGCAGUAAUAUCCAUUUGUCAAGAGAAGGUCCCUAUAGGACGUUGACCAUCCUCAGCAGCACAGUGGAGGACGGGGGGGAGUACAUCUGCGAGACAAACGGGGACUCUGUAUUUUUCCAACUAACUGUCACAGAACCCCCUGUACAGAUCAUUUCCCCCACUGAGUCGGUGCUUGAACUUACUCAGUUGGCUUCCGCAAAGCUCCAGCUCACAUGUGAGAUCUCAAGUCCCGAAGCUCAUGUCGCGUGGUACAAAGAUGGCCUGGAAGUAGAGGAGGGUCAGAACCUCAUUCUAGAGGUAGAUGGUGCAAAACGUCAGCUGGUUAUCCCUUUGGCCUCGGUCAAAGAUGCAGGAGAGUACUUGUGUGACACUGAAGAUGACUCCGUUACCUUCAUGGUGACUAUUAAAGAGCAACCAGUGGCACUUUCACGUCUUGAAAACACACUCAAAGAACUGGAGAGUUUCGCAGGGAAGCCAAUCGUGUUGGAGGUCCAGGUGUCACGGCCAGAUGCAGGUGUGAAGUGGCUCCUAAAUGGGCAAACGAUAAAAGAGAGCAGCUCUGCAACCAUGACAGAGAACGGUUUAAUCCGUCGUUUAACAAUCCGCUAUCCUUCCGUGGAGGAUUCUGGCACGUACAGCUGUGAUGCUGGGACUGACAGACUUGACUUCCAGGUCCACGUUUCAAAGCCCCCGGUGAAAAUUUUAAGGAAAUCUGACAUUGAAACAAACCUCAAAGUACUGAGUACUGAUGACAUUGUCUUAGAAUGUGAGCUCUCUAGUACCGAGGCCAAAACCAAAUGGUACAAGGACGGCAGUCGUAUUGAGGGUGACGGAAGAUUCUGUGAGGAAGAGGAAGGCGCUUUCCGCUCACUCGUCAUCCUCAAUGCUGAGCUUGGAGACUCAGGAGAAUACUUUAUGGAUGCCGGGGAUGACAACAUCAGCUUUCUGGUUACAGUGCAAGAACCUCCAGUAGCCAUUUUGGGCAGCUCAAAGGAUUCAGACUACCAGGAAAUGACAGCAGGUGAUGACUUGAUCCUGGCUUGUGAGGUGUCCCGUGCCAACGCCUGUGUUCAGUGGUACUGCAAUGACAGACUGCUGGUCAAUGACUCUCGUACCUUUAUCGAAUGCAAUGGUACUUUAAGGAAAAUCAUCAUCUCGAACGUUCAAUCUUCGGAUUCUGGAAAGUACGUUUGUGAUGCCGUGGAUGAUAAGAUGAUCAGUAUUGUAAGGAUUCAAGAACCUCCGGUGAGGUUCAUAAAUAAGGAAGACGACAUUGUUGUGACUAGUUAUGAGGCAGAAAGCGUGACCUUGACGAGCUGUGUGUCCAAGGAACAUGCUCUGGUACGCUGGCUCAAAGACUGGACACUAGUUGAAGGUGAGCGUUUCCAGGCACUCACUGACGGACAUAAGCGUACCCUCACCAUCGCACCUUUGAGGCGCUCGGAUGCUGGAGAGUACACCUGUGAUGUCAGCACUGACCAAAUUCAUUUCAGCCUGCUGGUAAAAGAAAUGAGAAUCAAAUUUUUAAGACCCAUUGAAGACACCGUAGCUCACGCUGACGGAAUGGUGACCUUUCGCUGCGAAGUCUGCAAGCCAAAAGCGGAUGUGCAGUGGUUGAAGAAUGGUGUUGAGGUUGUUCCAAAUCGAAGGUUCUCCAUUCGAGCAGAUGGAGUUGAGCGAAGUUUGACCAUCCAUCGUUUGACAAGAGAAGAUUCUGGGGAGUACGCCUGCGAGUCCAGAGACGACAGAACGGCAGCGAUGCUUACAGUACACAUGCCCCGAGUGGUGGAGUUCCUUACUGAGCUCCACAACACAACUGUUCUUGAAGGAGAGGAUGCUACUUUCAAGUGUGUGGUUUCGCCUGAGGAUGUACAGCUGGUCUGGUUCAUGGAUAACGAGGUGAUCAGCCACGGUGACCGUUUUCAGGUGACACAAAAUGGUUUGUGCCACACCUUGCUGAUCAGGACGUGCCGGAUGUUGGACUGUUCUAAAAUCACAGCCGAGGCCGAAGGAACAACAAGCCGAGCUAACCUCAGAGUCCAAGAGGCUCAAGUUAUGUUUACAAAGAAAAUGGACGCUGUCAUGGCAGAAGAGUUUGAUGAUGCCACCUUGGAGACAGUGAUCAGUCUUGAGAUAGGUGAGGUGCAAUGGAUGAGGCAGGGGGUGGUCAUCCAGCCUGGGCCCCGUUAUACGCUGACCCAGGACGGCUGUAAACGAAGUCUGACCAUUCACAAUUUAAAUCUGUCGGACCGCGGAACUUACCGCUGCGAAACUCUGCACGACAGGACCCUGGUCAAGCUAAAUGUUGAGCCCCGCAAAAUCUGCAUCCGUAAAGGCCUGACUGAUCAGGAAACCUUUGAACACGAGACAGCGUCUUUCGAGGUGGAGUUGUCCCACAGUGACGUUGAGGGCAUCUGGCAGAAGGAUGGUAUUAGAGUGAAAUCAAACAACCAGUUAAGAGUGAGCUCCAAUGGGCAAGUUCAUGGCCUCACCCUUUCUAACCUCACUCUGGAGGACACUGGCACCAUUGUCUUCUCUGCCGAAGGGGUGCGGACGACUGCCAGGCUAACAGUCAAAGAGACUCCAGUGACCAUUUUGAGAGCUCUGACUGAUCUCCGUGUCGAGGAAGAAUAUCCUGCCGUUCUGGAAUGUGAAUUCUCUCGACACAAUAUUGACGUCAGAUGGUUCAAGAGUGGGACCGAACUAAAGCCAGGUACGAACUGCCGGAUCUACUCCAUGGGGCGGAAGAAGUUCUGUCAAAUCCUACGGUGCUCUGUGGCGGAUGCUGGUGUCUACACAUGUGAUGCAGGGGAAAUCAAUACUUUCUGUUCUGUGGAGGUUUAUGAGCAUAAGCUGACCAUUGUGCAGGAUCUGGAGGAUCUUUACAUCCAGGAGGACCAGAAUGCCGUCUUUAUGUGUGAGGUUUCCCGGGAGGACGUGAACGGAGAGUGGUUUAAGGACGGCCACAAGAUCCGGCCCACCUGCACCAUCAAGACCCGCACAGAAGGGACCAAACACUUCCUGCUGAUGUGCAGCGUCAAAGCUGAAGAUGCUGGAGAAAUACGCUUUGUGAGCAGAGAUGUUGAAUCUACAGCUUACCUGGAAGUAGAAGAACUUCCGGUGUCCAUCGUCAAACCAUUAAGGGACAGAACCGCCUUGGAGAAACACAGAGUCAUCCUGGAAUGUACCGUUUCUUCCCCUCGAUGUAGCGCCACUUGGUACCGGGGCAAGGAAAGGCUCGACCCCUCAGACCGGGUAGAAAUUCUGGAAGACGGUUGCUGCCGUAAAUUGCUCAUCCAGCAGGUGGCGCUAAAGGACGAGGGCACUUAUAGCAUUGAAGUCGGCGAGCACACAUCUGAAGCCAAACUCUUGGUGGAAGCUCAGGAGCUUGUGAUGGUGCGAGAGCUGGAGGACGUCGAAGUAACGCAAGGCCGACCGGCGUCUUUCCAGUGUGAGGUGUCCGUGGCUGUAAGCAAACCCCCGUUUUGGACGCUGAACGGCGAGGGCCUUCAGUCCGGGCCCUCAGUCCGCCUGGAGAGCCAGGGCACCGUCCACCAAAUGACCCUGAAGACCACCAGUCUGGACAUGAGUGGCGUGGUUAAGUUCAACGUUGGCAAAGCAAAGAGCAGCGCGGUGCUCAGCGUGACGGAAGUUUAAAUGCUCCUUUUUUUUUUUUUUUUACAGUAAUAUUUAUUUCCCUAAACAAGUUGACUAUGACAAUCUAAAUAAAACAAACUCAAAUAUGCCAAUAA